AAGCCUGCAAGUUUGUGAGCAGGCUUUGUAUAUUAAUUUAAGGUUUAGCUGAAGUAGCAGUGUAUCUUUCUCCCACUUGCCCCUUACAAAGCCAAUGCUUCCAAUUGCAGCCUGCAGCAGGGCUGGCUGCUGAGCCUGGGGGCAUUGACAGUCUGUAUCGACUGCAGCUGGUGCUGAUGUUUCCACUAACAGCCCCCACAACUGGGGCUUGUUCUGUGGUAGUAAAGUGUGGGCGUUGCCAGUGUGAAGUCAACAACAGAAUACACCUCUCUCUAAAUCUCUCGCUCCCCUCUCUGUCACAGUCUCUGUGAUGUGAAGACAGAAGAAGCAAGUUGCUGGGGAGGGGAAGAGAACUUCAGUUAGAAAGCAGCUGACGUAGCUAGAAGAUAACAGCCAGGUUUUGGCACAUAAACCUGUCUUCAGCUCAUCAGUUGGGUUAUUGAGAUCAGCUAAAAAGACCUUGGAAAAUGCCGCAGACAUCACCUCUCCCAGCUGCAUCUCUCUUUCUUCUGCUUCUCCGGUUCAUCCCUGGCCUGAGUGGUGAAGAAAAUGCAUUUCUUGAACAGUCAACAGACGUUGUCAGUGUUUGGGAAGGAGACUCCGUCAGCAUAACUUGCUCAAUGUACAAUUCAGAAAAUGAACUGGGGAUGUACUUGAGGACUAGAGUACAACCAGAAAAUGUUUUAUAUGUUCCCAAGGAUAAGAAACCAACUGUUAAUAAAGCUUUUGUGGAUCGCAUCAAGUAUUCAAAGGAAGGAGCAAAACUCACAGUAACUCUGCUCAAUGUACGGGAAUCUGAUUCAAAUUUCUACCUAUGCACCAGGUUUAUUAUGAGAAAUGACCAUCAUGUCAGGCUGGAUGGGAAGACAACCAUUGUAGUGGUGAAAGCUCCUGUGGUUCCACCUCUUAAAUUAGGAAUUAAUAAACGUGGAGCUGGAAUUGUUGAACAGUCACCACUCGUUGUCGAUAUUCAACAAGGCCAGUCUCUCAACAUUACCUGUGCAUUGAAUAGUUCAUAUAAAGAUGAAGAGAUCUGCUUGCUCAAGACUCACAAGCAACCUGAAGGAGUGCUAUGUGUUUCAAGUCAGAAAGCUCUAGAAAUCUUUCCUGUUUUUGCUAAUCGCUUGGAGUAUUCAAAGGAAGAGAAGAAACUAGUGAUAACGUUACACAACCUACAGCAAAGUGACAAUGAUGUGUAUGUGUGUGCUGCAGUGCUGAACAAUUCCUUUCUCUUCUCAGUGAGCCAAAGAGGCACCAUGGUGAUGGUUAAAGGAGGGGAGGAGACAGCAUUCACUAAUAGUUCCUGGGCCUACUAUGGUCUUAUCAUCAUGGCAGUGCUGCUGCUUUCUGUGCUGAUGUGCUACGCCCUGUACCGUGUCCAUAUGAAGAAAUAUUUCCAGAAAAGAAAAACAAAUGCAGUGUAUGAAGAUAUGUCUUACAGUUCUAGACGCAACACUUUUGUCAAACCUAACGUUUACAACGAUUGCACUUAAGCUGGGACCAUGCUGGAUCAACUGUCCUCUUCCAGGUGCCUCUGAGAGCUGCGUUGGCAACUCGAUGUAGUAGCUGAACUGAAAACGCUAUCGUAUACCUUCUUUAGUUGCAGGAAAAAUCUGCCUUAUUUCCAAAGCUGUUUUUACUUAUUUUUAUCACUCGUGAAAUACCUUUUACUUUUCCUUGUACAGAAAAUGCAUGUACCCUGCACAUGUGUUUGCAGUGUAGAGUGGAAAGCAGUAUUUUUGGAGUGUACGUUUGGCUAGAUGCAAUAUAUGGGAUUGUUUCUGUGAUGAUAGAUAACCCUUUCAGGGAAGGUGAGAUAGUUUGAGAGGUCUCAUUUUGCGCUUUCAUAAGUGCUCAGAAAGACCAUAACAGGCUUGUUUAAUAAUUUGCAGUGUAUCCAUGUAUGAAUGAAGUACAGUUUUCGAAAGAAUCUGUGUGGGGUCUACCCAAAAGCUCUGGUAGCUAAAACUACUCAUGAGUUAAAGCAACAUUUAUUUUUUUUCUGAAUAGAAUUCAGAAACUUUGUGACAAGAAUGCAUUAGAAGUGAGGUGCUAGAUAUGUGUGGGUUUAACUAUUCAAAGAUCAGAAUGGUCCCACAAAAAUGCAAUCAAGUGUAGAUAUUAAAUUAUUAACCUUGCUGUGCCAAGCCUGCUGCUCAGGAGAGGUCAUUUCCCUUCAAAUGACAGUUGUGAAAUCCUGUUUACCAGACUUGAGGAGGAAAUCUGCUCACCCAAAUGGCUGGAUUUCCCUUGUAGCAGAGGGGCGUCUGUUGACUGCAGAACCUGCAAUCAUUGCAUAGCUCUACAUGAAUAAACCAAUACAAUCUGAUUGUGGAAACUGAUCGUGGUCUGAGCCUGAGGGUUUUAUACAGUUGCUUGCUACUUUUGUACAUGUAUUAAAGACUUUUUUAUGUCUCUUGCAAUUGA